CACAUCCACGUCCACGUCCACGUCCACAGCGUGUGUGCAGCGCUCUGCGUGUGCUGCGUGUGUUUCCGUGUGUGUGCGCGCGCGCCCGCGCGCGGAGAUCCGUCAUAUGACCGCAGCCGAGGAGGAGCGCGGCUCUGGACGCCUCGAGAGCCACCGCUUCGGACCCGGACCCGGACCCGGGACCCCCUGCGCGCGGGUACAAUAAUAAUCAUAAUGAGAGCAUGGCGGAGCGCAGAGAGGGUCCCGCGGAGGCCGGUCCAGACCCGCUGAACAUGAUGGACGGAUGUGCCGGAGGAGGAGGAGGAGGAGGUGCGGGAGGUGAUGCUGGAGGAGAGGAGCUGUCCCUGGACGAGAUCCUACGGCUCUACGGACAGCCCAUCAACGAGGAGCAGGCGUGGGCCGUGUGCUACCAGAGCUGCGGCUUCCUGGCCCGCGGUGCCGGCAGGCGGAUCCGCGGCCCCGAGGACGUCCGAAUCCGCAGGGACGGAACCGUGCGGCUGCAGAGUCCUGACGGCCCAGAUAAAUACCAGUCGCCGUGUACAGCGACAGAGGUGAUUGAGUCGCUGGGCAUCAUGGUCUACAAAGCGCUCGACUACGGGCUGAAGGAGAGUGAGGAACGGGAGCUGAGCCCCCCGCUGGAGCGGCUCAUCGAUCUCAUGACCAACAUGACGGAGGGGGACAGCUGCCCUGACGAGGGUUACGAGGCCACCGAGGAGGAGGACGAGGGUGAGGAAGACCUGGCCGGCGGCUGCAGCGUCCGCCGCUACAGGGACAUCCUCAAGCUCUGCACCUCUCACCUCCCCAGUCCCUCGGAUGCCCCCAGCCACUAUCAAGCCGUGUGCCGGGCCCUCUAUGCUGAAACCAAGGAGCUGCGCACCUUCCUGGAGAAGAUCAGGAAUGCCAAGGAGAAUUUGCGGAAGAUGGAGGGGGAGCAGGCCGAGGAGCCCGCCCGGGACCUGAACGAGCUGCAGAACGCGGACUGGGCCCGCUUCUGGGUGCAGGUGAUGAGGGACCUUCGCAACGGCGUCAAGCUCAAGAAGGUCCAGGAGCGCCAGUACAACCCGCUGCCCAUCGAGUUCCAGCUGACGCCCUACGAGAUGCUAAUGGAUGAUAUCCGUUCCAAGCGCUACAAGCUGCGCAAGGUCAUGGUGAAUGGGGAUAUCCCACCCAGGCUGAAGAAGAGUGCCCAUGAGAUCAUCCUGGAGUUCAUCCGGUCCAGACCGCCACUCAACCCCGUGGCUGCUCGGAAGCUGAAGCCCCACCCCCAGCAGCCGCAGAGCCUACACGAGCGCAUCCUGGAGGAGAUCAAGGCCGAGAGGAAGCUGAGGCCGGUGUCGCCGGAGCAGAUCCGCAGGAGUCGCCUCGUAAUUCGACCGCUUAGCAUGUCGUACAGUUUUGACUUGUCAGAUAUGUCGACUUCUGAAUCUUCCAAGAAGAAGACCCUGAGCGCGCUCGCUCUGGCCAACGGGGAGGCGUCCGCUCAGAGCCAGCGGGGAGACGCCAGUGCGUCUCAGGUGCAGAGGAAGCGGCUGCUGAAGGCACCCACGCUGGCCGAGCUGGACAGCUCCGAGUCGGACGAUGAGACCACGCGUCGGUCGGCCAGCAGCUCCAGUAUCUCCACGUCGGUGGUAGAGGAUACGUCUCCAGAAUCCGCCGUCGGCAAGAAGACCCCACCCAUGUUCCUGCCCAUCUCCUCCACCCCCCAGCCGGAAAGGCGGCAGACACCCCAGAGAAGGCACUCCAUCGAGAAGGAGACCCCCACUAACGUGCGCCACUUCCUCCCCCCGACUCGACAGAGCUCCAAGUCUCUGGUGGGGACGAUAGGCCGCUUGUUUCCCAGGAUGCCCCUCGGUCCCUCCCUGUCCGCCGCCCUCCAUCCCCUGCAGAGCGCCCACCCAUUCGAGACGUCGGCGCUGGGGGCCGCGUGGGCUGCGAUCGCCCUGUUCUGGAGCGCAUGUGCUACACCCAGCCCCUUAAAGGAAGAGUUUUGCUACCCCGUGGAGUGUCUGGCCCUGACAGUGGAGGAGGUGAUGCACAUCAGGCAGGUGCUGGUCAAGGCCGAGCUGGAGAAGUUCCAGCAGUACAGAGACGUGUACAACGCACUGAAGAAGGGCAAGCUCUGCUUCUGCUGCCGAACAAAGAGGUUUUCCUUCUUCACCUGGUCAUACACCUGCCAGUUCUGCAAAAGACCUGUGUGCUCUCAGUGUUGUCAAAAGAUGAGGUUGCCGUCCAAGCCGUAUGCCAGCCUGCCAAUCUACUCGCUGGGCCCCAGCACCCUACCCAAGGCGGAGGUUGUCCCACGGCCCGAGAGACCCUCUUCCAGCCUCCAGUGGCAAGGCCUGCAUCCUGCUGUCUCCAGGCUGUCCAAGCAAGGGUCCAGGUCGUCUACGGACGAGGCGGAUCUCCCCGAAGAGCUGACCGAGGACUGGAGCACAAUGGAGGUGUGUGUGGACUGCAAGAAGUUCAUCUCGGACAUCAUCUCGUCCAGCAAGCGCAGCCUGUCGCUGGCCACCAAGCGAGCCCGUCUUAGGCGCAAAACGCAGUCCUUCUACGGGACCUCGGCGAACACCUCCGAGUACCGCCCCUCCGAAAGAACGAUUAAAGAGGUGUAGGGCCUGUGCCUUCUCUCCUUCUUGCCGCCAUGCUUGUGGAGAUCCCUCCUCCCAACAUCCUUCCAUCGUGGUCUGAAUCGGCAGCGCAGUUCCGCCAGUAUAUGCUGCCGUUGUGCGUUUUCAUCCUUCUUUGCGGGUACAAAACUGUGCAGUGGGCGGGGCUGUGGGCGGAGUUAAGGGCGGGGCUACGGGCGGGGUCAAGGGCGGGUCCUCGCUGUCAGCCCAAAAGUGGAAGAAAUGGGUUGCAUUAUAUGUGGUCAUGUUCUGCUGAGUAUGAAUCCUUCCAGACAAAAUAAAUGUUUUCCUGAGGCUGCUGUAUAUAAUUACACCCCACCCCAGUCAUCCCUACCCAGGGGCACCUCAACUGACUGAUGGAUGAAGUGCACAGCCAGAGGCGGGACUCUCAGCAUGGUACUCCUCCCCCCCCACCCCGAGCUUCCCUCUCGAUUUGGAUUGAUUUCCUCUGGAGCCCCAGGGAGCUUGGAAAUGACUGCCCUGCCUUUACAGGAUGAUGAAUGAGCACAACGCCAAUAACCGGCUCGACCCGCGCAGAUGUAGGCGAAAGUGCAUUUUGUCCUUUUAAUCAUUUGUAUCGUUUCAUUAUCGCAAAGAUCGCGGAUCCAAACUGCGGGGGACUCCACGGUGUACAACUGGAAAGACCAGGGUAAUAUUCUGAGCCAGUGGUUACCGAGCCAACGAUGAGCCUGCAGCAGCGAGGGAAAAGUCACGGCAAUAAUGGGUGAUAUAAGGAUGUCUGCAUCAGCCAUAGGGAUUGUCUUUUUUUUUCUGUGCAAGGUGAAUUUUUAUUUUUUUUUACGGAAAGUGUCCGUGUGUGUAUUUUAUACAAUCUGAGGGCUCAGGGCAGAUGGAAGCACCAAGGAAGGUAUCAGCCAUAGACAGCCGUUCUUCGCCAUAACAAAAAAAAGUUUUUUUUAAAUUAGGACCCUCAAUGUUUGAAGUGUGUAAGGGUUCGGUGAUGGUUUCCGUCAACGAUUUGCCACGUUCCAUUUUUGUGAAACGACGUGCAGACGCUGCACAAUGGGAGCAGUCUGGAAUGGUUUUGCCAUUUUUGUACCUUUUCACUCUGUGCUUCCAUGGUGUGUUGGGUGGCAGAGUUUCAGAGUUAUUCCCCAUUCAUAAUAAUUUGGCUCAGCCACCCGUUUACUCUAUUUCUGUUGCUCUUACAGCGCGGUGCAGGAGGCCGGGAUGUAAACGAAGCCAUUUUGUCUUGUGUGUAAUAACAUGGACAGUGAUUGGAAAGACAAACUAGACAGUAUGACACACUGUAAAGCUAAAUUCACAUCUCCAAAAAUCAGUUAAAAUCAGUUUUCAAUUGAAUUCAAUUUGGUUUUUUAUAGCGCUGAACAAGAGAUGUAAACAGGAUCAUUUAAGUAUCUGCUUGCGGGGCUUUUCUCAACUGCUCACUUCUGUUUAUUUCAUUUAUUCCCCUUAAAGGCUUGCCUGUUCCCUAAAGGGUGUUUCUGUUGCACAGUUUAGUCUUUUGUCUUACUGUAAAUACCAGGUAUCAAAGGUGUAUCUCGACCCAAACAGGCCAGUCAUGUGGGGUCUCUUUGUCCAGCAGGUCAGUGAGGACACAUGGGCAGAGCCCUGCAGGGCACUUUGUAUAUAUUCUGUAUAGUCAUCUUGUAUUUACCAGUUAUCUGGAGCUUCUGAACUGUCUAAAUACCUAGGUGGAUUAUUAUUAUUAUUAUUAUUAUUAUUAUUAUUAUUAUUAUUAUUAUUCCAUUGUCAUAGAUUCUUAGAUUAUUUUUUGAGUUUCUUUUGUUCAGGCCUAAUGUUUUUUUUCCAUGCAUUACAUGUUUGUAAGAAUCUUUAUGUAAUUUACAGAGCUAAACAUUGCAUCCCGUAUCAUCUAUGUUUCACUCAAAUCUCUUACCAAAAACAUAAAAAAUAUUCUUUUUCAGACCA